AUGGAGGACGAAGAUAGUCAAUAUACCCGAUUCUACCGACUAUGGUCGCUCCAGGAGGCAUACAUGAAGGCAAUGGGCAUUGGUCUGGGCUUCUUGAUGAUACGGGCCGAGUUUAUUCGAAGGGAUUCGGCCCGAUGGAAACUCAUUUUGGAUGGUCAGUGUGCUAUUGACUGGCAUUUCCAGUGUACACAGUUUGAUUCGAUGCAUCUCGUGAGUGUUGCGUAUGGGCCCUAUUCGGCGAUGUGGAUGCCCGAGACUAGCUCCUUGUUCUUGGAUGGUGACUCGUAUCCUGUCUUGCUUACUACUGGUAUCGAAGAAUGCGAAGGAGGCGCAGAAUGGCAACAAUGA